GCCGAGCUCGGGACACCGCGACGCCCUGUUGCCGCUCUCCUGCAGCCCGGCCCCGCGCAGGCUCGCCAUGUCCCAGGAGCGGGAGAUCAUGGAGUCGACGGUGAUGUGGGAGCCCGAUUCGAAGCGCAACACCGGCAUGGAUCAGUUCCGGGCGGCGGUGGCGGCUGCCUACGGGAUCCGCCUGAGCAAUUACAAUGAACUAUACCAGUGGUCAGUGGAGCAUUAUCCGGAUUUCUGGGCGGAAUUCUGGAAGUUCAGUGGGAUUGUCUUCUCUCGCCUGUAUGAUGAGGUGGUUGACCCGUCUAAGGGCAUUGCAGAUAUUCCGGAGUGGUUUAAAGGGAGCCGCCUGAACUACGCAGAAAACCUCUUGAAGCACAAGGAGAAUGACAAGAUUGCCCUCUAUGCUGCACAGGAAGGCAAAGAAGAAAUCUUGAAAGUCAGGUUUGACGAGUUGAGGCAGCAUGUCGCUCUGUUCGCUGCAGCCAUGCGCAAAAUGGGAGUGCAGACGGGAGACCGGGUUGUUGGCUAUCUGCCAAACGGUAUUCAUGCGGUGGAAGCGAUGCUGGCAGCUGCAAGCAUCGGUGCAGUUUGGAGCACGACAUCUCCCGACUUUGGAAUCAACGGUGUUCUGGACAGAUUUUCUCAGAUCCAGCCAAAGUUGAUCUUUUCUGUUGAAGCUGUCAUUUACAAUGGCAAGAAACACAACCACCUGGAAAAACUCCGAAGUGUUGUAAAGGGACUACCGGAUUUAAAAAAAGUAGUGCUGAUCCCCUACGUUUCCUCAAAAGAAUCCAUAGACAUUUCCAAAAUUCCAAACAGUGUCUUUCUAGAAGACUUCCUCGCAGCAGGGAAAGGAGAUCAAGCUCCCCAGCUGGAAUUUGAGCAGCUUCCCUUUAGUCAUCCCCUUUUUAUCAUGUAUUCAUCCGGCACGACAGGAGCUCCCAAAUGCAUGGUUCACUCGGCAGGGGGGACACUAAUUCAACACUUGAAGGAACAUAUUCUCCAUGGCAACAUGACCAGCAACGACAUCAUCAUGUACUACACAACGACUGGCUGGAUGAUGUGGAAUUGGUUGGUGUCUGCUCUUGCAGUUGGCGCAUCCGUGGUUCUGUAUGACGGGUCUCCUCUUGUGCCCUCCCCCAGUGUCCUGUGGGAUUUGGUGGACCGGCUAGGAAUCACCAUCCUUGGGACAGGGGCCAAGUGGCUGGCAGUGUUGGAAGAGAAGAACCUGAAGCCCUGUGAAACCCAUAACCUCCAGACGCUCCACACCAUCCUGUCAACUGGUUCGCCUCUCAAGUCGCAAAGUUACGAGUACGUCUACAAACGCAUAAAGAGCAGCGUUCUGUUGGGAUCCAUUUCAGGUGGCACAGAUAUAGUUUCCUGCUUUAUGGGUCAGAACGUGUCGAUUCCGGUUUACAAAGGGGAGAUCCAGGCACGGAAUCUUGGGAUGGCAGUGGAGGCCUGGAAUGAGGAAGGCCAAUCAGUUUGGGGAGAAAGUGGUGAGUUGGUUUGCAUCAAGCCGAUGCCUUGCCAGCCAACACAUUUCUGGAAUGAUGAGAACGGCAGCAAAUACCGGAAGGCGUAUUUUUCCAAAUUUCCAGGUGUCUGGGCCCAUGGCGACUACUGCAAAAUCAACCCCAAGACAGGAGGCAUCGUCAUGCUUGGCCGCAGCGACGGCACACUGAAUCCGAGUGGCGUGAGGUUUGGGAGUUCGGAAAUCUAUAACAUUGUGGAGGCAUUUGAAGAGGUUUCAGACAGCCUCUGCGUCCCUCAGUACAACAAAAGUGGGGAAGAGAGGGUGAUUCUUUUCCUGAAAAUGGCCACCAAUCACAUGUUCAGUCCGGAUCUAGUGAAGCAAAUUCGGGAAGCAAUCCGCAUUGCGCUCUCGGCCCGACACGUCCCCAGCCUCAUUCUGGAAACUGAAGGCAUUCCGUACACAAUAAAUGGGAAGAAAGUGGAAGUGGCCGUCAAGCAGAUCAUCGCUGGGAAGGAAGUGGAGCAACGCGGCAUCUUCUCCAACCCCGAGACGCUGGACCUCUACCGCAACAUUCCUGAACUCCAGAACUUCUGAAGGAAUCUGCCUUGUUUUCCAUCUCUCGGUGUUGGUUUGUGUGUGUGAGUGUGUGUGUGUGUGUGUGUUUUGUACCGUGUAUAUACCUGUAAAAGAGAGCGUCUUAUUUAAACUGUGGUGUUUCUUCCGACAGGAGGAAUACUGUUGUCUCUGCCAAGCGCUUCAAGAAAAUGCUUUUUUAAAGUGCAGCAUUGCAGAUUUUUGCCAUAUCUGCACUACUCUUCUUGCAGUCCAGAAGAGUAGAUUUGCCUCCUUUCAGAUAACCGGGUAUGGGGACUUUUUAUACAUACACUGAAUGUGUGUUUUCUGGCUGAAUUUAAUUUUUAAAGGUAAGGAAAUAAGGUGACCUUAACAAAAUGGAAUAAGAUUGCCUGUGUGAAGACGGUAGCUUUCAAAGGGAUGCCAGGGAGUCCUUAAUGGGUAACUUAGGAAAUGGCGGACAAGCGUCCCUAGAACCAUGGCUUGUUGCCCAUGACUUUUCUCUUGCAAUACGUAGCUUGGGGACGUUGGAUGUGUUAAAGGUCAUUUUCAGUUCAUGCACAGUGAUGGUGAGGCCCAGCCAGUGCCCCAUGAGAACUGAGGUGGUGUCCCAGCUCAUAUCCCAGAAUCCUCAGCAACACAUGGGGUUUCUGUGGCACACCCAGUCUUUCCCCGAAGUAAGGAAUUUUGACCUCAACAGAGCUAAGGGUUUCUGAACUGUUGAUUUCUUUUCUUUUUUUAAAUGGAAAAUAUUUUAGAGAUGGACUCCAGUCUGUUUUAAUUUUUUCCUUUUCCUUAAACACCUCUUUUAGAACCAAGCACAAAUAUUUUUGCCGUUCUCCUAGACCUGCCUGCUCCCUCUGAAAGAUCUUGACUGUUCCUUGGCUGCUCAACUUCAGCCCUUCAGCUGAUUUUGGACUACAACUCCCAUAAUCCCCAUCCACAGCGGCCCAUAGCCAGGUAUUAUGGGAGUUGUAGGCCAACAUCUGCAGGAGGGCCAAAGUUGAGCAGCCCUGCCUGAGAGAGAGAGAGCUCUAUGUAAGUUCUGUCAGAAUCAAUGGAACAGGUUUCAGUUGUGGCAAAUUUUGAAUUUUCAGGACUUAGGUGCAGCUAACUUCCUUUGGAUUGGUGCCACUAUCAGGCAUCCCAUCUUCCCCACCCCAAACCACCUGUUUGGAAGAAGCGGAAGGCAGUCGAAUUGAAGCACUAUAGUGCACCCAACUUUUUGAAUUAAAAAAAACUGCACAUAGUUAGGAUUUUGUUUUUAAAACCAAAGAAAGGAGACCAGUUUGACCCAUAGGUUGCAAACUGCAGAGUGUGGGCAGGGAAUGGGGCAACCUCUGCUUUUGUUCACCUUUGGCUGUUCUAGCCCCCCCCCCCGCUGUUUUUGGACUACAGUUCCCAUAAUCCCCAGCCACAAUGGUCAAUAGCCAAGUAUUAUGGGAGUUGUAGGCCAACAUCUGCAGGAGGGCUGAAGUUGAGCAGCCCUUCUGCAUGGGACUUGGCUCGUGUGAGAGAGGAUAGAGUGGACUAAUGGUAUCUGUGGGACUCACAGCUCUGAUAGGGCCAGAUCUGCAGCUCUCUAGGGUUGGAUCUAGCAUGCUGCUUAUCCUGUACUCUGGAAGCCCCCAUGGAGUUUUCGUGUGGUGGCCAAGAUAACUGACUUUUUUCUUUUUUCUUUUUUUGUUUUAACUUAAUGCCAUCUUCUUGGAGAAAAUAACUAAAACAGUUUCUUGGUGCUUUUAUCCUUCUGGUUUGCAAAGAGACUUGUCAAAUCAGCUGUUACAAGUGUGUAAGAACUAGUGAAUGGAAUGGUGUGUUCACAAGGGAAGAUACCUAGUUGUGCAAACUAUGCAGAAAACACGGGUGUUUGGCAACUCCUGCGGUAACUUGAAUAUAUGGUGGUGGUUCUGUUGAGGAGCAUUUCCUUUUUAAAAAUCAUGUUGAUUGAGCUCAAUGCUGUUGAAAGAGUUUAAACUUAAUAAAAAUGCCGAAUAAAUUCG